UGCACCGGCCACAUCCCCGCGUGGCAUGGAGGAGAGGCAUAAGGCCCACCUGGCAGUGGCUGCCUGUGUGUGCACCAUGCUCUGCCUAGUCUCCUGCACAUCUGCCUUCUCGCACGGCGCCAGCCCCUCUGCUUGUGCUGAUAUGAUGCCCAGGCACCUGCGGGCUCAUCUGCACAGCCCCACCAACAACUACGUUACUAUCCACACCAACGUGUCCUUCUAUGCCCCAGGAGACAAAGUCCCAGUGACAGUGAGGAGCAGCCGGGAUUUCAUGGGCUUUUUGCUUCAAGCUCGCAAAACGUCUAAUGAUGAAACUGCUGGCACAUUUGUCUUCAUUCCUCCUGGCUCCAAGCUGCUGUCUUGCUUUGAAGAUGGUGAUACUGUCACCCACUCGGACAAGUCCCUGAAGAGAAACCUGUCCUUUGUAUGGAAAGCGCCAGACCAACCCAUUGGAGACAUCAAAUUUUUCAUCUCUGUAGUCCAGUCAUACUUUGUUUACUGGGCAAGGAUCGAAUCGACCACCGUGGCUCAGCGAGGGCACAGUGACACAUCUGCUGGAGGCAGCAGGAAGGCCGGCCCUGCAGCACCUGCACCCACGCAGGAACCUGCCAGCCCCCACAUGGCUGGCACAGCAAGCAAAGCUGCUGGUGAGAUCAGUGAUGGCCGUGAAGAACUCCCUGAAGAGAAGGCACAAAUGGGCAUCCUAGGCACUGGCUCUUCCAUUGCCAACCCCAGCUCCCUUGAGUACACCAGCCCAGCUUUGGUCAGCCUAGCCGGCAUCACACCAACACCAGUGCUGGGGUCAGGCACUGGUGUCCACUCAGAUAUGCAGCCCACUGCUGAGCCAACACAGCUGUCCCAGACUUUGUGGAGUGGAGGGAGCAGCCCCAGGAGUAGCUCAGGGCUGGAGCCAUCGCUUGCCUUCCAAGAGCCAGGCAUGGCCGAUGCUCUGCAAAGCUUCCUCUUCCAGGACUAUGCCUCCAGGCAGAGCCUCCCCGACAGAGCACAAAGUACGGCCAGCAUUACCAACCCACACCCGUGUGUGACAUGCAAAGAAGAAGGGCAGGCAAGUACUGAGAACGGGGCCACCCCGGAAACCUCCCUGACAGCAGCAGCUUCUUGGUCCGCCCUACACAUACACUCUCAUCUCAGCAAAGCCGCUGUGACAACAGCCUGGUUUAGCAAUGAGGACACAGUCAGCAAUUUGUCAUUGGCCUGGAGGCAAAUGGCAGAAAGCAAACCACCCCGGCAGCCACAGGAGGAGGAGGUCAGUGAGGAGGUGGGUGGGCACACGCUGCCGUGGGUGACCAGAGCAGGUCCCAAACCUGCUGUCCCAGGGAAGGGGGACGACUCUCGCAGAGGGACACGUCUGAUAGCAGCCCAACUUGGCAUCCUCCUGGUCUGCACGGUGGUGCUGGGGCUGGCUGCAGCAGCUGGCCUGCGCUAUAUCUGUGCCAGGUACUGCCACAAGAGGACAGAAGUGUCCUUCAGUGAGCCAGGCAACAACGUCAUCGCCAUCAAAGACAACGGGGAGAUGAUGCACUUCCGCAAGAUCCGGGAGAACAGCUUCGUGCUGGUUCAAGCUGAGUACAACUGGAUCAGCCCGUCAAGCAGUGGGAAAAGGAGAAUAAUGUAAACACCGGCAGUACUCACAGUAGUGCCAUGUAGAUGAGCCAGCCGCCCCUGCAGGUGAAGACAGCUGAGAUAUAUGUAAUACCAACUCUAGAAGGCAGUAGUGUCCUUGCUGUCUAUGGGCAGACAUAUAGGUGUACAAACAUGAUGCAGCUAACUCAGCUAGAUGUGUUAGUCAAAGUAUCUGGGCUACUGCUGCUAAGAGAAUAAAAGUAACUACUGUUCUGUGUGUUACACGUAGAGCAAUUAAUAUUGUAUAUCUGCUCAUUAACUGUCAUUGCAACCAUUACUCUUCCUCUGCUGCCUUAAGGCUGAAGCAGAAGAAAAUAAAAACUGAAAUUCUU